AUGGAUCCCAACAGGCCACCAGGCCAUUCCGCCGGCCCCGCAGGCCCACUCGCCAGGCCAUCCAGCUCUUCCGUUCAGGAGCGAUGGGAGUCACUCAAGCAUGUCAUCGAGCAUCAGUACAUCAACGAGAAACGCAAGCUGCUUGAUCUUGCUGAGUACAUGAAGAACAGGCCACCAGGCCAUUCCGCCGGCCCCGCAGGCCCACUCGCCAGGCCAUCCAGCUCUUCCGUUCAGGAGCGAUGGGAGUCACUCAAGCAUGUCAUCGAGCAUCAGUACAUCAACGAGAAACGCAAGCUGCUUGAUCUUGCUGAGUACAUGAAGGUUAACUACGGCUUUGAUGCAGGAGUGAACCAGUACAAGUACCAGUUCAAGAAGUGGGGCUCGAAGAAGAACGUGCCCUCGGCCGCGAAGAACCACAUCGGGCGAUGCCUUAACAACCGAGCGGAGGCUGGACGAACUUCUACGGAGAUCCAGUACAAGGGACACACUGUUGCGCCCGAGAAGAUGCGGAGAUAUCUCAAGGACAAAAGGAGGAAGGAGGCGAUCUUGAAAGGUCCGACCGCCGCCCUUGGGGUCGUCGCGAGUGCGAAGCUCGCAUUCGGCAGGAACAUAUUUGUCGGCUGGAACAUGCCAUAUGGGGCUUUCAGGCUAUCCGGUUCCAAUCGUCUUCCCCCCUCUCCAUACGCGACCGCUCCCUCGCCCUAUGGAGAUGUUGUUGUGGUGACUCCUCCCUCAGACGCGGAAUCACCAGGGGCUCAGGCUGUUCAGAGGAGAAUGAACGCGGAUACCUUGAACGCCGUGGCCAUAGAACGAGCCCAGUUGUUCAUCCAAGGCAAGCACGCAGAGCUUCUCGAGAGAAUGACCAAGCAAGAUUUCCGAGUCAUGAAUGAAUGGUUGUACCAGUUUUGGCUGUUCUCAUUCAAGUCUGCCAAACAUUGGGGCCACGGUCCUCGCCACUGGACAGCAGCUGGACUACGGUUUUCCGACUUUGAAGCCAUCCGCACUUCCAACCACAGCACUCCAAGGUUUGUUUCAUCAACUCAUGGAACAUCUCCUCGGGCUGUCAUGUCCCCUUCUACCAACGAAUCCUUGCAACAUCCUGGGCCGUCUCAGCUGUGUAACUGGGCAAUUCACGUGCGAGGAGCCUCUAGGGAUUUUCGUCCUCCAACAACCGCAUCAGCUUGUGAGCAAGAUCCGCAGGACGAAGAUUCGUGGCAACCAUGGAGCCCUUCAUUUCAAGAACAACCCUUCGAUGAACAGAUGCGGGACGCUCUUGAACACAACGAUUUCAGCACCAUCAAGUCCCACGCGCUCCCUGUCGCCAUACCCCUGGUGGCUAAGGAAACAAUUCGAUCUCCAAGUGAAAUGCUCCUAGAGGCAUUGAGCUUCGCAAUCAUGAGUCGCAACGUUGAUCUUGUACACGACUUGAUUGACAAGGCCUUGGACCAGGACAUUGAUAUCGGAUCAUGUCAUCCUUUCCAUUUAGCCGCGACUUAUCUCGAAGGGUCUCAAGCCUGCUGUACGGUAUUCAGAAACGUCAUGGAAUUUUUCGAUGAAGUUUAUCUGGAUAUUAUACCCUUGGAUGAUUUGGGACACACUAUCAUAGACAAGCUUAUGCUCGUCAUCCUGAAGUCCCAUUCAACAGCAUUGCCAUCCAUUGUCGACCCGACGAAUCACGAGAGACGUUUCCCUGGAGAUGAAAUCGACAUUUGUGGCCGAUGGGACGCGGACUCAGACUGUUAUCGUUCACUUUUGUCUCGAGGCAUCCCCGCAGUUCCCCGGGAAUGGAAGCACAAGUUUUGCCACACUUCGGCACAGUCAAUCUGCGAAAUCAUCGAUCUUGUAGCGGAACAGAUCGACAACAGUAGUGGACUUUACUCAAGGCUUUGCACGUCCUGUGGGUUGAACCUCACGAUGUCGCAUCUCCACGCGCUGGUUGUAACGGCUUUCCAUCUUGCCGAACAUGGUGUCGAGGACGAGGAUCUUUUUGGGAUACUCGCUUGCGUACUUCGAAUGCUCGCAAACGGUGUGGAUCCUCGCUUGAAGCCAGCCAUCUCGAUGGAACUCCUCGGCAUUCAUCCGUCAGGGGACAUGGAUACUUGUACCCAUGAAGAUCUGACUCCAUAUCAACUAGCCCAGUGCCUUGGGUCUUACAGCAUAUUUUGGCCCGAAAAGCUCGUCACAGGCUGGGGAAUUCUUUGCUGGAUACUCGGCCGCAGCGAGAAGCUGUGGUGCCUCGAUGAAAACGAGGUUUACGACGAUGGGUGCGAACAUGAGGACUACUUCAGAAAUGAUGCAACUUUGGCCACCCUUUGGGCAUCUGUGCAGACAGAAUUGCUCACUUACCGACGUGUCCAUGUCAAUGACUCUUGGGUUUCUGCCAAUUUCGAUCUGGAAAGGCUUCUUUGGGGCUUGACAGAGGAAGAGAAAGUGUCUGUGGGUUUGGUUGAGAAGGGCCUUAUGAAACCGCAUUGCCAGUGUGGGUUUUUCAUCAGGGAUCCGCCUUGUAUGACUGAUGUCUCGGCAACCUAUUUCUCCAACAUGGACAUAUGGGGACGGGCAACUUAUUUACCACUAUAG